UCAACAUUAUAUGUGUGAUCGGCCCUUUGAUGAGAGGCAUGCGCACUGCCAGCAAAGCAUUCAACGUUACACAAGCCGAAAGCCUGCAGCACGACAAGGACUUGUGCAACAUGAGGCUCGAAGCAGAUCGUCAUCAAGCGGUGACGGAAAUUUUAUAAAUAGUGCUCCAGAACAAGAAUGCUUUCGCAAUGCCAUCUAGCAGUUCUAUUUUAUUUCGAAGAGCCUCAUACGCGAUCAUUCUUUUGCCCGGACAGAUUCAAACGUCAAACCGGAUUUCCCGCUGCGCCUUGCAAUGGAUACCAAAGACGCCGACAAAGAAGCUCGGCAGGAGAAGCUUCGACGCUGCGAAGAGUAUGUAGACCAAACCCAAAGUCGAAUCAAAGAGACCGAAGAAAAACUGCGCAAGAACGCAUUCGAUCUGGACGGGUUGCAAAAUACAGGCAAGCCCUGGAGCCAGGAAAUGCAUUUCACAAUGAAGCGGAUGUUGAGUCAACGUGAAGAUUUGAAACACGACCUGAUGGAACACAAUUUCUGGUUGGAUUACGGCAAACGAGAUUUGCAGAUAGCACGCCAAUCGCUAAUGCCGGAACAAAGCAAAGCUGCAACAAGCUCACAGAUCAACUGAGGCUGACGAAGGUGGACGCUGGACAAGAACGCAAGUGGUUGCAUUGCCUGAUUGAGGAGAGGACUAUUACUACUGCGCAAGCUCGACAAGGCCCGGCACAUUGUACCUAUAGGUUCAUGCAAGGGAUCGUCACAUUAC